CCAUUAGCUUCAGCCAAUACAGUAUAUUAAGCUAAUUGGCUAGCGUCGAGUCUUCAGCUUGCAGCAUAAACCCAACGUUACAUAAAAGUCGAGGCAUUGAUAUGAUGUUUGUCAGAAGAAUCGUUGUGACUUUCAACUGUGACAGUACAACCACAGUUAACACAAUUUCAGCGAGGUGAAAGCCCCUCUGCCAUGGCAGCUGGUGUCAGCGUACUGAGUGACCUGCCUUACUCCAUAACCGCAACCUGCAGUGGAGACAUCAGCACAGAGAUGGAGACAGCCAGUGUGAGGGUCCCCACAGCAAAGUACACCAAGAUGGGGGAGACCCUGAGGCAUGUCAUCCCCGGUCACAUGCAGUGCUCCAUGGCCUGUGGAGGGAAAGCCUGUAAAUAUGAAAAUCCCUCUCGCUGGAGUGAUGGGGAACAAGCUAUCAAAGGACUCUACUCAUCCUGGAUUACUGACAACUUGCUAGCUAUGGCAAGGCCUUCCACAGAAAUCAUAGAGAAAUAUAAUAUAAUUGAACAGUUUCAAAGGUGUGGUUUGAAGACUGUCAUUAACCUGCAGCGGCCUGGAGAACAUGCAAGCUGUGGUAACCCACUGGAACAUGAGAGUGGUUUCACUUAUCACCCUGAAACUUUUAUGGAGGCAGGCAUCUAUUACUACAAUUUUGGCUGGAAGGACUAUGGUGUGGCAUCCCUUACUACAAUCCUUGAUAUGGUUAAAGUCAUGUCAUUUGCUGUCCAGGAGGGGAAAAUGGCCAUCCACUGCCAUGCUGGUCUUGGAAGAACAGGUGUGUUGUUGGCCUGUUACUUGGUCUUCACAUCCCGGAUGACUGCUGACCAGGCCAUCCUGUUUGUGAGAGCCAAGAGACCCAACUCCAUCCAGACCAGAGGCCAACUGCUCUGUGUCAGGGAGUUUGCCCAGUUCCUGGUUCCUCUUAGAAGUGUCUUCUCCUGUGCAGAACCCAAAGCAAGUGCCGUCACCUUGUCUCAGUACCUCACCAGGCAGCGCCACCUGCUGCAUGGCUAUGAGGCUCGGCAGAUGAAGAAUGUGCCAAAAAUUGUCCAGUUGGUGUGCAGGCUCCUAAUUGACAUCGCAGACAAUCGACAAGUGGUGAUUGAGGAGGGACGGCUGCAGAUCCCCGACCUCACAGCGGAGGUGGAAAAGACUGUGUCUCAACAGGCCAUUCAGCAACUAGGGAAAGAGAUGAGAGGAAAGGGGAUUCCUGUCCCAACUUGUUUAUCUCAUCCACUUAUUCCACCAGCUCUGCGGUUCAGACCCUCUCAUGAUCAGCCUCUCACCAGUGAUAAUGACCUUGACCCUCUAUGGAGGCAGCAGAAUGUAGAGAGCCCCCUAAGAUCUUCUCUGUGGAACAACAGGACCCUCAGCUACAGUGAUUCUGACCUUCAUAAACUUGGACCACGGCAGCACCAUUUAGGAAAUCUGAAGAGCAAACCAAUCAACUGCCUGAUCAAACAUUCCUUGUCUCACAGCAGUCUUGCAGCCUAUAAACCUCUGGGAUUUUGUGAACUCUCUCCUCAGGACAUUACCAGCAGCAUUCAUGACCCAAAUACAGAAGCAAAACGAGACACUGGGUCUUCCUUUUUUAAAAAGCAGCUACGUAAGUGGCAUCAGAGUUUGUCUUUAGAUAUGUCAGAGCAAGAAAGAAAAGCCCACUGUAACGCCACACUGCCAGCCUUAUCAACUAAGAGCCGACAGGUAACCGGUGAGGAGCACCCAGAUAUGGAUGUGUCAGUGGGUGAAGCAGAGAGAAGGAAUGUCACAGAGGUUCCCUACAUCACUCUCCAGUCUGAGCUCUCUUCAGAGAGCAGACGCUUGCUCGUGGCCAAAGUUCUGGCCAUGGACCUGACAGACAAAGAUCUUACCUCCAAGGUCUUAAUGUGGCAGACAGAGCUGAACUCCAGAGAGGGGGCGUGGGAAAGGCUGUGUAUGGAGAGAGAUCCUCUAGUCCUCUCAAGUUUGAUGUGGUCAUGGCUGGAGCAGCUCAAGGAUCCAAUCAUCAGCAGUGAGGAUAUAAAAGCUCUCAGCGGGAAGAACGUAAACCCACAGAAUGCCCUCGACUCACUGGAAAAGGGUCACCGUCUCACUUUGCUCUGUAUCCUCAACUGUGCAGCUCAUCUAUUGCCAAUGCCUAAAGAAGUGGAGACUAGUUUUGUCAACCAAACAAUAAAAGUGUUUACUAAGAUUGACCCUGCCUCAGAGGGGAAUGAGUCUUUAUACAUGACACUGAAAGCAAUCCUGACUCCCAUUCUUCAUGACCUAUGUGACAAAGCUAUGGAAGUGAAUGAAGAAUCCUGAUCCAGCAUCAACAUGAUCGUCCUGACAAAAUGAAGAAUUCAACAAUGGAGUUCCAAUGUAAUAUUUGGGCAUUACUGUAUUUUAAGCCAGUUCCUUGCAUCAGUCUCUGCUAAAAUCUGCCUUUAAAGCGCUUAAUAGACUCCAAGCACUGCCAUUCUUUAUGUUAAUGUGCCACUUUGCUAUGUUUGAAAGCAUUUGUUUGUCAUCUGUUCUGUAAUAUAUGUGAGCGACUAAAUGUCACUUUUGUCAUGUACCCAUUAUUUGGUAGAAAACAACUGAGAAACAUUCUUGUGAUGUUAAUGUAUUGUUAUUUAAAUGUGUAACUCAGCUGUCAAAGCUAUUUGGGGGUGAGGGUCUUAUUUAAACCAAAAGAUAUUUUUACACUGUGCUUAUGGUACAAUGUGUCUUAUUUAUUGAGAUCUUAUUUGAAAUGCAGAAAUUUGUUUCUUAACGUUAACCUGAUGAUAAGUUGCAAGCUUGCUUUGUUCCUGUAGAAUGUAAACUGUUUUAUUAGAGUCAAAUGCAAACUGUGGCUAUUGUUAUGGCAAUGCAAAUUCAACAGGCCACACUGCAUUUGCUUUCCCAAUCAUUCUUAUGUCCUUAAUACUGUGUGCACCAAAAACCUCUCCCUGCAUUGGUCCGUUGCACAUGCAUUUGUAAAACAUCAAUCUGCCUCCACUCUUGUAUUUAGUAAAAUGCUGAAUGUGGAACCCUAACAAUAUCAAUAAUAUGAAGGGCAUGAGAUAUACUGUGUGGAAUUUUCAACAAGCACUAUUUUUUCAUUGUUACAGGAGCUACUUACAGAAUUAAACGCAGCUGACUGCAAGCUAUGUCUUUUGAUGGACUUUAUCAUUUAGACUUUGAUGAGGGGUGGUUUGCUGGACUGUAUGUAGCAAUGUUAAAAAAGUAACAAUUGAAAUGGAAGUUGAAAUAGUAACUAUUCUGUCUCUGAAACUGA